AUGGACUUCUCAGAGGAAUGGAAAUCUCAGUUUUCUGUAGGCUCGGUCUUCCCUUGCCCCCGCCUCAUCACCGGCGAAUCUGCUCACUCCCUUGGCCCCCUCUGCUUUUCACCAAUCAACCUUGCAACCCACUUUCUAUCGCUAGCAAACACUCCAGUUUGCUAUUCUCCUCCACCAACAGCCCAAGACGUCUUUUCCACCGCUGAUUGUUUCUAUAGACGAUCAGAUGAUGACUUCAUUCCUUUCCCUCUUAGCUUCUCCACCACCAAAAGUGCAGUCGGAAAACAUUCUUCACGCCAUUUUUCUGGGAACCCCCUCCAUCUUCUCACUUGUCGCAACGGUGAAAGUCUCAUUCUUUUCCCAUCUGGAGAGAAUUCUGAUCCGCUUACUUGUGUAGUAGGCAGGAGAGAGAGAGACAAUGGUGGUGGUUUUUCCCUCCUCAAGGAUAGUGUUUUCCUUCUUUCUCCAAGUUUCAAGAAUCGAAUAAUUCGGGUCUCUGUGAUCUCAACGGCAGGCUGUGCCUCUUCCUCUGAAGUAUGCGAUCAAUUUACAGAGGGUUUUGUUCUACUUUGUUCUCAUUAUGAGGUUCAUCAGCUUAGAGUUGGUGUUAGGAAUUCGACACCAUUAUCACAGAAUUUAGCAUCAGCCACCUUUAAAAAUCAGGUGGCCCAUGCUUGUUGGAGUCCAUAUUUGCUUGAAGAGAGUGCAGUAUUGUUGGUUAAUGGGGAACUGAGAUUAUAUGACUUAAAUUAUUGUGUUGGGGUCAAGAAUUUGCCUGUGAAAUUUAAGGGAGAGUUGGUUUCGAAGAAUUUGGGGAGUUUGAUUUCAAGAGAGUCUGACAACGAUUGGUUUUGUUGUAAAUUUGGAUGGCAUCCUAGGGUUUUGAUUGUUACUUCUAAAACCACGGUUUGGAUGGUUGAUUUUAGGACAAGAAGGAAGCCAUUAGAUCCUGUAUUGCAAUGGGAUCAUCAUCUGAAUCAUGUGCGUUACAUUAAUAUGUAUAGAUUAUCAGAUCUAAGACCAUCUAAUGGAAAACUUAAUUGGGCUUCAGAUUCAGGUUACGUUAUUUUGGUGGGUUCUUUUCGAAAUUGUGAAUUUAGCCUUUUUUGUUAUGGGCCUCAUCCUAUAGUUGAUUUGAAGCCAGGUUGGACCUCUGAUAGUGGUUCUUUAUAUGCUUGGGGUCUUCCAUCUGAGAUCGCUUUGGUUUCACAGGAUUGUUGUUGUGUUGAUUGUGAAUUGGAAGAAGAAUUCAGGACAGAUUCAUAUACGCUGCAAAAGUGUGAGAAGGGUUUGGGUUUUUGUGUACGUAGUGAGCCAUGUUCAGAGAGAUAUGAAGAUGAUUGUACAAGUGGUUUCUUUAUGAUUAGGCUGACAUGUAAUGGGAUCUUUGAAACAUUGAAAUACCAGGCUUUGUGGGAUUUCUCUUGUGUAAAGUCCAGUUGUAAACCGGUUCAGGUACAAUGCAAGACUACAUUUCCUUCACAUGUGGAACCAGAAGACAUCGAUCAUCUCAAAUUGCUGCACAAAAAGUUUGAUUACUUCUUGGGAUACUUUAGUGGUGGUCCAACUCUUGCUGAAGUUUUGAAUUCGAGACUAGAAGAAACUUCAAGUAGAGGAUCAAUGCAUUGUAACAAUGUUGAAAGUACAGAAGCUGCAAAGGAGUUAAUAUUGGAGGCAUGGAAAGCUUCCGGACAGGUGGAGUUUGGCUCACUUCCCUCGAUGGACUAUGUUCUUGGUGACAUAAAUACUCCUAGCAGUGCUCAUGAAAUUAUAUCUAAGAGAAUGUGGACUGGUCUAAAUUUGUGUUAUGUGGAGUUGGCAUUUGUGAGGAAUUCAGAUUUGAAUCACACAGGUCUUGACUUCUUGGCCAUUCCUAGCUCCUCUUCCACUCAACUGCCACCGUUUCCAUUUCGUGUACCGUCGAAAAUUUAUGGGAGAUCACACUCCAAGGCCACUAAGAAGUGUGAUCAAGUUGGUCCUCCCACCGAGAAGGGUGAUGUAAUUGAUCUAGUGCCUCCCCAUCUAGUUGGAUGCGAAAAUAGAAUUGUUAAUUACAAAGACAACAUAUUUGAUAUUUUUAUUACUGCAUUGCAUAAGAAAAAUUGUGAUCCUAGAGGUGAAGAGAAACUAGAUGCAUCAGAACUCUUUGACGAGCUAAGCCCUGUGAAGCUGAAUUUUGACUCUAGAGAAUUAAAUGAAUCGUUUGAUUUCAUUGUAAUUAGAGGCUAUGGUGGUGGGUCUAUGAGCGUAAUUGUCGAUUUUGGCACCUCUAAGGAAUUGUUUGAUUUUAUUGCUUGUGGUUUAAGAUUUGUCCAAACUGAAAAUGCAGUGUUACAUUCUUGA